CCAACUUCUAUCAUGACUCGCGGUUCAUAUUCUGCUUUUUUCACAGAUGGAUCAAGCGUUCCGAUGUCGGUUAAAGUAUCAUGCACCUGGCUGGAUCUUCAACAAGUGAUCAGAGUAAGCCACAGCCAAGAAGAUCUCAAAUACUGCCAAUCAAUCCCCGCGUGGAGACGAGACCAUUACCAUUCAUCGCGUCUUCGCGGGGUCGAGAACAGCAUCAAUCCUCUUUAGGGCGUUUAGUGAAUGUCCGCGACUCGGAUAAGGACCCGCGCCCGGAUCUAGCCCCCUGAACCAGAGCAAAACCCGACGCACUCAGCGAAUGAGGAACCAAGUGGACGCUACCCACAGUGGAGCGGAUGAAAAUUUUGCCAUCGAUGUGGGGAAGGACGACGACCAGAUGAUCGGGCCCAGACGUG